UCUAGGUCGCAGGUGAGGCCGCUGAUGUCCCUCCCGGCAGAUUAAAUGAUACAGAAGUGGCAGAAAGUGGAUUCGAACCCGAAGUUGUGGCAUCCCAAAGUCACGUGCUCUUUCCUCGGCUGCCUUCCGCUUCUGCCUCCAGGCGGGAAGCGCACUAACUGGUCGUUGGGCCUCACUCGGCGCAGCGCCCGGGCCAAGCGCACCCGCGGCCCCGGCACGCACAGGGCUCCACGCUUGGGGAGCGCGCGCGCACGCAGCGGCACGGGCUCGGCAGCGGCGGCGGCGACGACGUCACGGCCCGAGUUUUCCUUUUCGGGAGUCCCCGGCAAACAUCCUGUGUCCAUGUUUGGGCAUUUACGUCACGACGGCAGGGCCGGGGCCUCCCGAAAUGGCAGUGGCCCGGGGAGUCGGAAGCCCGGAGCCAGCGCCGCCGCUGCUAUAUAAGUGGGGGGGCCAAGGAUUGGGGGAGCCCGGCUGCGCUUUGGAGAGGCGAGGAGCUGCCGCCCGAGGCUGGUCUCGGCUAGCAAGGGCUCCUCGGCCUCGCAACCACUUUCCCAGAGGUGAGCCCCUGGAGCCAGGAGCCCGGGUGCCCAGGUCUGCGAGGCGUGGGGCACCCCGACUGCCGGCCUCCUCGCCACCCGCGUCCUCUCAAGCCCAGCGGGCGAGGCCCCCGGCGCCCCGCAGUCGCCGCCGCGCCAUGCUCCACCUUAGCGAGUUUUCCGGCCCCGACGCGCUCUUAGCCAAGUCCACCGAGGACUGCUGCGCCGAACCCUGCACCGAAUUGUCCCGGCUGUCGGCCAGGGACGCGCCAGCGACCGCCGGCUACUCCGGAGCAGGCGACUUCUUGAGCUGGGCUUUGAGCAGCUGCGGCGCCGGGGGGGAUUUAGCUGAUUCCUGCUUCCUGGAGGGGCCUGCACCCACACCCCCUCCCGGCCUCAGCUACAGCGGUAGCUUCUUCAUCCAGGCAGUGCCCGAACACCCGCACGACCCGGAGGCACUCUUCAAUCUCAUGUCGGGCAUCCUAGGUCUGGCAUCUUUCCCCGGCCCGGAGGCGGCAGCAUCCCGCUCUCCGCUGGACGCCUCUUUUCCCGCAGGCCCCGACACCUUGUUGCCGGGUCCGCCGGACCUUUACUCCCCGGAUCUGGGCUCUGCCACCUUCCCAGAGGCGCUCUGGGAGGUCUCGUCCUCAGCGGGCACCCCUUCACAGUGCUUGUAUGAGCCUCAGCUCUCCCCGCCCGACGUCAAGCCAGGCCUCCGCGCCCCUCCGGCCUCACCAGCUCCGGACACUGCCUCGGCCUUCAAAGGUCCUUACGCUCCCUGGGAGCUGCUCUCAGGGAGCUGUGGGUCACAGGGAGUUUACCAGGGCGCGCCCGAGGCCCGUUUCCCUCCGAUGGGAACCAAGAUUGAAGACCUGCUGUCCAUCAGCUGCCCCGCGGAGCUGCCGGCCGGUCCGGCCAACAGACUUUACAACACGGGGGUCUACGACGCUUUCCCGCUGGCCCCGGGUGACUUAGGGGAGGGGACCGAGAGCCUCCCGGAGCUCCUGACCCCUCCUAGUGGGGAGGGGGGGAGUACCGGCGACAAUGGAGAGUUUCUGGCCAGCACGCAGCCUCAGCCGUCUCCGCUGAGCCUCCGCAGCGCCACGGCGGACUUCUCGAAACCCCUGGUGACAGACGUCUCUGGAAGCAGCGGCGUACCUGAGCCUCCUGGGCCACCGCCUCAGGCUCCAUUUCCCCCUGCCAAAGCGCGGCGCAAGGGGCGCAGGGGCGGCAAGUGCAGCGCGCGCUGCUUCUGCCCGCGGCCGCAUGCCAAGGCCUUUGCUUGCCCUGUGGAGAGCUGUGUGCGCAGCUUUGCGCGCUCCGACGAGCUCAACCGCCACCUGCGCAUACACACGGGCCACAAGCCUUUCCAGUGCCGCAUCUGCCUCCGCAACUUCAGCCGCAGCGACCACCUUACCACACACGUGCGCACUCACACAGGCGAGAAGCCUUUUGCUUGCGACGUGUGCGGCCGCCGCUUCGCGCGCAGCGAUGAGAAGAAACGGCACAGCAAGGUGCACCUCAAGCAGAAGGCGCGCGCCGAGGAGCGGCUCAAAGGCCUUGGCUUUUACUCAUUGGGCCUCUCCUUCGCCGCCCUGUGAGGGGAGAAAUGGGUUUGUAAAUUGGGGCGUAGCCGUCCGGCGCGCACAAAAAGACCUGGCCUGACCCCACCCCCGCCUCUCCACUCCUCUUCCUGUCACGCCCGGGGGCCGGCUUGGUCCAGCUUCCAGUUCCCGUGAAGCGCCCACUGCACACGCCCUUCAGCACCAGCUCCGUGGACAGCUCCCAGGGCCCAGGCGCUGUGUCCCGCGUUAGCUGCGCUUUGGGAAAAUCCCUCUCAGGUCACCCACUGAGUAGGCAUUUCCUUGGGACUUAAGACAGUCUUUUGUACUUGGCUUGGCGCACGCCCCACGCCCUCCCCUAACCCCACCCCACCCCCAGAGACAGGCUGGGGCAGCGCAGAGCCGGUCUCGCGCGGGAUUUUGUACAGCAGUGUCGUUUCCAGCAGCCAUUGGAUGUAACGUUUUGCUUUGGGGUUAUUUCCUUUUUGUUGUUGUUAAUUUUGUAAAGCAGACGCUACUCUCAAGCAGUUGACAAAACUGUUUAUUUUUGCAAUUAAAAGUAUCGUGCUAAAAGCUUACUGAUUUGCCA